CCUAUUGACUCCACCCACUCCCGUCUGCGAUUGGCUGUGUGGCCCUGGGUCUCCACCUCCGGGUCCGGCGCCUGCGCGAGGGUCAAUGGCAGCCCGUCGCACCUGACAGUGGGAGGCAGUGCCUCCCCUUCCCCUCUGCGGGCGGGACAGUUAGAUAGCCACCAAGGAAAACACCAUGAAAGAUACAGAUAUCAAGAGACUACUGUAUGCCCAUCUUUUGUGCAUAUUUUCAAUUAUCCUAAGCAUCUUCAUUCCAUCAGUAUUCUUGGAAAACUUCUCAAUAUUGGAAACACACUUGAUGUGGUUGUGCAUCUGUUCUGUUUUUGUAACUGCUGUCAAUCUAGUAUUAUAUUUGGUAGUGAAACCAAAUAUAUCUUCUAAAAGAAAUUCAUUAUCACAUAAGGUAACCAGAAUUUUGAAAUGUUGUAUCUACUUUCUUAUGUCUUGCUUUUCCUUUCAUGUGAUUUUUGUUCUAUAUGGAGCACCACUAAUAGAGUUGGUGUUGGAAACAUUUUCAUUUGCGGUUCUUUUGUCUACUUUUACUACCGUACCUUGUUUAUGUUUGUUAGGACCAAACAUCAAAGCAUGGCUAAGAGUUUUCAGUAGAAAUGGAGUUACAUCCAUUUGGGAGAAUAGUCUCCAGAUCACUACAAUUUCUAGUUUUGUAGGAGCUUGGCUUGGAGCAUUUCCUAUUCCACUGGAUUGGGAAAGACCAUGGCAGUGAUCAAGUUGGCAUCUACUGGACUUCAUUCAUACUUGAUUUUAUUCAGUAGAGUGUCAGUGAUUUCUAAACUGGAGGACAACAAUAUUGAAAAGUAAACAUAGAAAAUUGUUUUGAACUGUAGUAGAUUGAUUACUUUCAAGUAAUGCAAUUAAACCUAAAUACAAAGGACUGAAAAACAAAUACACCAUGGGCCAUCAGCUUUAAUAAGCUAGUAAAAUAAUGUAUAAUUAAUUUAUCAGUCUGUAUAUACAUGGAAUAUUUUAAUUUUAGAGUGUCAACGUGUGAUGUUUUACACACAUCUUCUGUUUGUAAGACUAUAUGGAAAUACAAACUGAAUCAUGGGGAGUUGCUAUGAUCUGUAAAAUGUGGAUUUUGGUUUGCUUAGAAAAUGUAUGUUAAUCAUUUAUAAUCCAAUUAUCCAUUUUUGGAUUGUUCAGGUUUUUAGCAAUUGGCCCAUAUUUCAGCCUCAGUGCUUGUUUACAAUAAUGGGUAAGCUGGAUCCAAAUUGAUAUAUCAGAUUUUUUAAGUUAAUAUAACAUUUCCACUUGAAAUAUUAAUCUUUUAAAAAGAUUAAUAUUUAGCUAACCAAUUUAAAUAUGUAACAAGUUGUUGGUCUUCAUCCUUAAGAUGUUUCCUUCAGCUGGAAUCUUACUGGCUAUUUAGUUAUUAUUACUGUUGUGUUGUUUUUAGAGUAUUCCAAGUUAACAAUCCACAUAUUCACCAUCAUACUUUUAAAUUGUGAUACAUACUGAUGGGGAAUGAUGAAUUGAUGUGUAAUUAAAAAUCUUUUGUUCAUUUAAUACUUACCUGUCCCUCUUCUAGGAGUUAUUUACUAAUAAACCAGAGAAAUUAUGAGGUUUCAUUUUUCUUUCACUUUUUACUUUUAGCAGACAAGUUUUUCUGUGUGUAUUCUUUGUUAUUAUUAUUAUUAUUAUUAUUAUUUAAAAAUUCUGGCUAUACAGAACAAGGGCUUAAUGUGGCUCAUAAAGCUGACAGAAUCUGCCAGAGAAGCAAUAAAUCAGAUAAGGGGAUAUGACAUUCCAUAAAAAUGGAGGUUUUGCUAGAGCAGAAUUUCAUGAGAAGAUAAUACUGUAUACUCUUUAUUAGCUAAAGUAUAACAUGUAUUAAAAGAGAUCUUAGUCCUUUGUUCCUUGUAGCCCAAUACAGGUUUGAUAUUUGUGGUAAAGCAAGCUUUUCUGGAUUGUGAUCUGUUUUUUUCUAGUCAGAGAAACAGGAGUAUUUAAUCAAUUACACUUUAAAAAACACAUGCACACAUGGAGCCCCACAAAAACUUUUAAUCCCUUUUCUCUACCUUUAACUCAAAUCUGACCUCAUGUAAUGUUCCUGAGGCCAAGCAUAAGGUUACAAUGUGAGUUCCAUAAUGAGAAAUUUCAAGCAUGUUUUUUUUAAUUGUUUCUUUAUUAAGUGACUGGAAAGACCCAUUGAAAAUAUGUAAAUGUUUUUUCACUUAAUAUGAAUUCUAAGUGAUUUUAAAUAAUGACGAGUGAUGAAAGAUAGUAGGUAUCUUUAAAGAUGGAGGAAGCCUUCACAUUAUGGAAGAAAACAAGAGGGUUUGGUGAAAGAGACUGGUAGGGUGGGUACCCACUACAUCACUGGCCAUCUUUGUUUUGUUUAAUAUUCAAUAUUAAUCUUACCCUCUUCACUGCUAGAGAAAGCUGUAGAUAUUGAUAAAUAUUCAGAAUGCAGAAAACUUUCUAUAUUAUAAUUUUGAUUCUUUAUCUGCUGUAACUAAGUAAUCAAUAAAUACAUUACUAUGUGCAAGGCAUAUACUUUAUGUAAGAAUUACAAGAUACUUUAAUAUUAUCAGGACUGGAAUUAAUGAUUUGAUAACAAUAAUUAGAUUCAGAUUUAAUAUGCUUUAUAUAUUUUGUAGAAUAGGUAGCUAUGAGGUUUUUUAAAUUUUUCUUUUAGUUGUAGAUAGACACAUUAUUUUUAUGUGGUGCUUAGGAUUGAACCCAGUGCCUCACACAUGCUAGGCAAGCACUCUACUAUUGAGCUACAGCCCCAGACCUAGCCAUGAGUUUUUUGCCUGGAAAAUGUCUUAAUUCUUUAUCAAGCAUGAGCUAGUAUUUCAUAUUGUAAAACAUCAGUGGGAAGUUAAUAAAUGUUGGUUAUUCCCAGCAAAGAAAAUUAACUAUGAGGUUUUAAAACCCACAUGUGUUAUUAAUAGGUAGGCAGACAAUGAUUAAGAGUUUUGGCAUCAUAUUACUGGGUUCAAAUCUUGUCUGUACCACUUGCUGAUAAAGAUUAAAUAAUAAAAUUCUGAAAUUCUUAGUUCAGCAUUGACACAUAGUUACUGCUUAAUGUUCUAGGCAUUUCUGAUGUAUAAAAUGAGUAUUUUAAAGACUGUUUCUUUGGCAACCCAAACAAAUGCAAAUUCUAUUAUUUAUUGAGUUCUCAUGUGUUAGUGCCUCAUGUGUCUCAGUUUGUCAUUGUCUUCUUCCUGCCCAGCAGUCCACCAGCUGUUAGAAUGGACUAUUAAGUUCUCUCUUUCUCAGGUAUUUUGUUAAGCCAAUUUAGGGUAUUUGGUUUUCACAUAAUUUUCAAUAUUGUCUGACAUUUCAGAUAACAGUAGAAAAAAAAAACACAUAAUGUUUAUAGAUCUCUCUAUGUACCAGACAGAAGGCUUGGCACUGUCACAGAAUAAUUUGAUCCAAAGAACUGUAGUGCAAAUAAAUUUGAGUCCCAUUUUUACAUGCUGGAAAGUCAGAGUGUGGUGGGGAGGAGUAAAAGUAUUUUUGACAUUACUAAGCUGCUAAGAGGAAGUCUUAGGAUUCAAACACAAGCGCCACUACAGCAUGAUUCUUCUCUUCACUACUAGAGUACUAGAGACUGAAACAGCUUUUUUUUUUUUUUUGAAUGGUCAUAGUUUUGGUCUCUUUGUAAUAGCUUGAGUAGUUUUUAAAUUGCUUUCUUUCCCCACAUUGAUUCCUCUAAAUGCCAUGAGCACUCUGGUGAUAUCUGUAUUUUAGAACAUAAUUUAAUACAUUUGUAGGAGAGUAUUCAAAGCUAACAUGCAAUGCUUUUGUGCCUGAGAACCCCACAAAUGCCUUUAUACUGUGGACUUCAGUGCAACUAUCUCUAAAAGGAAUUGAACCAGAUACAGUCUCCUGUAAUAUACUUACUUUUAAAAAGCAAAAUGUAUUCUAAACAACAGAAUUUGAAACUUUUAAAUUUUAGAUGCUGGAGAUUGAAACAAUUUUAAAUUGUUUAAAAAUAUUUGCCCUUCUUCCCAGUAGAUAACAGAUAAAUGAGUCUCUGUUAUAUUUAAAAAUCCUUUUGUGUGUAUGUGUGUUGUGGGGGUAGGGGGUGCUGGAGAUUGAACCAAGGCCUUUGCAUGCCAGACAAGCACUCUACCAACUGAGUUAUAUCCCCAGCCCACUAAAAAUUCUCUUUUUUUCCUUCAGUUUUACCAGAUCAAAAAUUUAUUAUUUGUGAAACAUAUAUUCAUUUUAAAAAAUCACAGAUAAUUCUCUUAUAAUUUGAAACUAGAGAUCUUACGGGAUUAUAACGAAUUAUUACAAAAUGCUAGAGGGAGGGAUAAAACUAAGAUUAUGGAUUUGAUUGAUUGAAGAGUUGUAUGUUUUUAGGUUAAUAGGUAUUACUUUUACCAAAGGUAUUAUACCAUCUUAGACAAAAAUAAAAUAUUCAUUAGUUUGAUUUAUAUGUCUCAUGCAUGGGGAAAAUGUAUAAUAAACUUACAGAGAUGGUUCUGGAUUUAAAAAGUAUGUUUACUGUAGGGUAAUUGUGUUAAUAUGCUCUGCUAGUAGUACUCUCCUCUGAAAGAGAAUAAUGCUGGCCAGGUUAACUCUUUAUAUGUACAUGGCCAAGACCAUUUAGUGUGCCUUUAACAAGAAUUCCAGUCCAGUAACUACACAUCUCUCCACAAAUAAUUCUUCCUAAAUCUGUCUUUGUCAUAGAGUGGACAGAUCAGUAGAUUUAUAACUAGAGAAAUGUAGCCAAGUGAGCAGAUUCAUCCAUACAUGUAUUUCUCCAUCAGAGAGGCAACAGCAUUUUCUUGAGCUUUAUUAGUUCAAGACCAAAUUCCAAGGAAAAUAUAAUGAUUGUUUAAAGCCAGUAUAAAGUCAACAGGCUUUGAAAGACAAAUGCUAUCACUCAUGCAAAAUCAAGUUUGUAGUAAGCACAAUAAACAAACACCCAUAUUGAAAAGUGGCAUGUGAGAUUUAGAACUAGCUGCCUGGGUUUUGUCUUCCUUUAUCAGAAAAGAAAGCAGGUAAUCCUAAUGGUUGAGUUGUCCUAAAUGUUUUGAGGUAUGCUCAUCAGCUGACAGGUCUUUCCCUUGUUAUUUGUAAUGGUAUAUAACCCACUCCCCCACACAAUUGUAAGUACUUUAUUAUAUUGGAGCACAUAUUGUUAAGAAUUUAUACUAAAAUUUACUCCAAAUUAAAUGCUUUAAUAUUAAUUUUCACCUUAAUUGCUUGGAUUAUAGAUCAAUAAAUAAUUUUUAAUUUUGAGUGAACGAAAUCAUUAAUAUGAGACUUUAAAAAUGAUACAAUGCUGAGAACAGUGGCACCUGCCUUUAUUUGUAGGUGCUAAGGAAGCUAAGACAAGAGGAGCUCUUGAAUUCAGGAGCUCAAAGCCAGCCUGGGCAAUUAGCAAAAUAAGAGAAAGAACACAAAUGUCUACAAGUAUUUAGUUUAAGCCCCAUAUUAAUAAUUAAUUUUGCUUCUUAAAACUUAUGGAAAAUGAGCUGGGUUUGGUGGUGCCCUGUCUCAAAAAAAAAAAAGACAAAUGUUUGAAAAAUGAUAACUGUUUAAAAAAUAUUUUUUAGUUGUAGAUGGACACAAUACCUUUAUUUCAUUUAUUUUUAUGUGGUGCUGAGAAUCAAACCCAGGGUCUUGGACAUCCUAGGUGAGCACUCUAUCCCUAAGCCAUAACCCCAGCUCCUGAAAAAUAACUUUUUAAUCUUAAUGGUUGAGUUGUCCUAAAUGUUUGAGGAAAAAAAAUAUAACUUUUAUAAAAAGUGAUAAAAAGAGCAGGGAAUUUCUCUAUUUUUGAAAUGAAGCUUCAGAUGGUUAACAUACUGCUGGUAUGUUGUAUAGCUGAGAAUUUUUUUUGUAAGCCUUAUAUUCCUGAGACAGUUAAUGUGAAGAAUGGUAUGUAUUAAAGAUGAUUACAUAAAAGGGUAAGGGAAUAGUUCCUACCAUACAAUAUAACAUUACUUGUGAACUAUUUUAUUUCUUUAGAUUGAGGGUUCUACUUAUUAGCUAGCUGUGUCAGUUACCUAAGAAAUACGUGUUCAUGAAAGUUCAAUUUCUUUCAGUUAUAAUAAUAGUGGCACAUGGUACUUUACAUUUUUCAUGACACAUUGCAGAAUAUUCAUCUAAUAAAACAGUCUACAUUUUAAGUACAAUAGGUAAUACUACAUCUGUUUCGUAGAUUGGGAAACUAAGUCUCACAAUAAGUGAUCUGGCCAAGAUCAUAUGGCUGAACUGGCCCUGAAACUCAGGAACACAUUAAACUAAUUUCAAAAAUAUUAUCAUUUCAUAAUUUCAAAUAAUCAUAAUUAUAGGAAACCUGUGUCAGCUUAUAUCUGCCACAGUCAAUAAUGACAUACCAAAGCACUGUUAUGUAGAGGAUCAAAAGUUGUGGAUAUCACAAGUUUUAAAAUCUGUUUGGGGCCUGGGGUUGUAGCUCAGAGAGAGAGUGCAGGUAGAGCACUCCUAGGUUCACUCCUAGCACAUGUGAGGACUGGGUUUGAUCCUCAGUGCCAUAUAAAAAUAAAUACAUAAAACAAAGGUAUUGUGUCCAUCCACAACUAAAAAAAAAAUUUUAAAUCUGUUUGGUUUCUUCUUAAAUCAUGCAGUUUCAUGACUUAAAAUUCUGAAACCCAAAGGUAAAGGGUCACUAUUAAUAAAAAUACUUGUACUUGUUAUGGUAGAAUGAUGUAGAGUACAAGGAUUCUUAACCAAGAGUCCUUAGAUGAGCUUUGGAGGUCUGUGAACCCCUGAAAAUACAUGCAAAUUUAUUAUCUGAGAAUUAUAUUUGGCAAGUGAGAAUCAAGAAUUCUGGUAAGUGUAAUUAUAAAAAGUAUUUUUAAAGUACUUAUAGGAGCAAUUCUAGAGGUUGUAUAUUUGGGGAAGAAUGCUACUCUGGAUUGUGGUGGCAAUUUAAAUGUGCCUAUUAGGAAUAAGAAGUAAAAGAUUAUGAUAAAUUAGAGUUCAGAUAUACUGGUCACUUGUGCUAUAUGCCAGAUACAGUUAUAAUUAUGGUUAUAGAAUGCAUAUGCAUUUACCUCAUUUCAUCAUUAUAACAACUUUGAGGUAAGUUUUAUGGCAGUCCUCAUUUUUCAGAUAAGGAAACCAAUGCACAAAAAGUUGAGAUGACUUGCCCCAGGUCACAUAUUUAAUAAACACCAAAACUCAAAUCCACUGUCUAGUACGAAAUCAGUGUUCUUAACCACUGUUCUGUACUACUUAGAAUAUGCUUUGAGGAAUAUUAAAAAGUGCAUAGAUAUGUGGUGCAUUUUCCUUUCCCAAAGUGUAAGCAGAAAGUUCUGUAGCAAUGUCUGAUCAAAAGAGAAGUAUGGCCAGGCCUGGUGGCACAUGCCUAUAAUCCCAGCUAUUGGGACACUGAAGCAGGAGAACUGCAAGUUCAGGGCUUGCCUGGUCAACUUAGCGAGACCCUGUCUCAAAUAAAUGAAAAGGGGUGAGGAUGUAGCUCAGUGGAAGAGCACUCCUGGGUUCAAUCCCCAGCACCACAAACACAAAAAGAAAAAAACUCCACAAAACAAUAACAAAACAAGCAGUAUGGUCUUCAGGUAGAAAUACACUUUUAUAAUUUUGAAGUGUUUUUCAAUAAGUGAUAAAACUGAUUUGUAUAAAACAGAGAAAACAAAUAGAUAGUUUAUGUAUUAUGAUGUUUUUUAGCUUAGGAAGGAAAAUUAUUUCUAAGAGAAAAAAGCUUAUUACUAGUACUGUGUACUCAGACCCUAUUCUAUGGAAUAUAAGACCUUUAUUACUGUUGUUUAUUUUAAGAGAACACUGGACUUUUUUUGGCUUAAGUGAUGAAAAAUACAUAAGGAGACAUUUGAUUUAGAGAUCAAACCCCCAAGGUGACUUAUGGCAGUCUUCACUUUGCAGGUGAGAAAAACCAAAGCACAGAAAGGUUAGAUGGAAAGGACAAUAAGGCGUGAUUUUUUUUUUUCAUAUGCUCUAGCCACUUACCUUUUUAAAUAGGUUUUUCUUUUUAAUGGCAAUUUUAAUAAUUAUAACCAAUUGUAUUGUAUUAUAUUUGGUUAUGUAAUAUGAAUUAUUUCUUCUAUAUAGUGAUUAAAACAUUUUAAAUUAAGAAAGUGGAUAAAAUAAUUGUCACUUCAAUGGCUAGCACCUGUGAAUGACUUCCUUUACCUGAAUGUCUGUUCUCAGUUUCCUACUUUCCUUAAACAAAACAAUUAUAUAGAGCCAUCUUAGAUUACCAUAAUUUGGAGAAAUAUUUGUACUUAUGCAGUUGAACUGUUUGACACCAUGUUUUGUUUUGUUUAAUUCCUAUUUAUGGCAUAAACAGUAUUAAACAAAAACAUCUGUAUGUAAGACAAGGACAUAAUUUUAAAUAGCAAACUUUAAGAUCUAAUUAUUAAAAUACAUAAUCAAACCAACAUGAUUUAUGUUACUGUGAAUUAUAUUGCCAUGAUGUAGUUUUUAAAAUUUUAAAGCAAUGAUAAGCAGGAAGAAAUUGCUCAGGAGUGUUUACUAGUGGGCAACUUCCCUCAGCUACCUCUUUUCCCAUUCCCUAUCAUGGUCUACAAAAAGCAGGAAAAUUGCCCUUAGAUAAGAAAAAGACUACUUAUUUCAGGAAAGUCACCCAGGUUCUCUUUUAAGUACAAAGCCUGCUCUAUCACUUGCUGUCUUAAAAGCCAGUGCACAUUUUAAUUUGCAGAUGGCAUUGAUUUCUUGAGAUUGACAUAACACAGAAACACAAGUGUUCCAAGCCUUAACCCCUCAUUAGACAAAACUUUCUAACCAACAUGAUUUCAUUUUUGGCACUCCAUUAGAGGUGAAGUAUGGCAGCUGUUCAAAGAAUGUAGCUGAAUGUGUAUGUAUGUGUUUGAGAACAAAGAGCCAUACUGAAAUUACAAAGUGACUAAAAUAGAAUUUAGUAACCCAAAUUGGAAUUUGGCUGGAAUUCAUGAGGAAUUAUUAUUCUUUAUACACUCUGACAGUGAGAUUUUUUAACUGAGGGCACGUGCUCACACUUUGCCAAUGAUGAGCAGUCCUACAGCAGAGCAAAGAGGGGAAACAGUAUUUUUCUAAAUGUUUUCUUAGGGUAUUAAAUAAAAACUACUAAGGUAAGAAGUUCAGUGCUUUACAUAGAGAGUAAACUAUACAGAUCAUUUUAUUUGUAACCCCAUGUGUUAAGAAGGGACACUGUAAAGUAACAAUCAAUUAGAAAGCGACAGUCAACAAACCAGCAUUUAAUUUGGUAUUUAAAAUUAAUAAUUAAAAAUCAAAUGGAGCAGUGCUUAAAGUAACUAAGAUAAUUCAUGACAAACACCAUUAAUUCAAGCUCUAAUUAUUGGAAAUAUGAUAAUUCGACAUGGGUAACUUAAAUGAACCAGUAGAGAUAGAAUAAGGGCAUAUGUUAGCAAAGUAUUAAAUAAGUUUUCAGGGAGCCUCUAAAAUUAUCUUUAAGAACCUUAAAACUAGUUCUCUAUAUGCAAAAACUGAUUAACACAAAUUUCUUUGAAGUUCUUUCAUACAUGACCUUAUUUGAAGCAAUGCAUUUGCAAAAUUCAUGUCAAGAAAAUAUUUUUGAAUUAUUUCCCAGAUCACUAGUUUGAAUAGUCACUCCAGAGAUUUGUCUCAAUUUCUAUUGAAAACCUACACUUUAAUGAAGACAUGCUUCUGAAAAUAAGGCAAUUUUUCUACAAUCUGCUUAUGAAUAGAAAACAAAUCUUUGGUUUUUAGUUAAAGUGACAGGAAGGGCUUUGCAAAAAGAAAUACUAAAUAACCAAAACAAUUAAAAAGCUCUUAAUAAGCAAUGGGAAACUCCAACCCCAUCAAGGUCAAUAGAGUACCUAAGGCACCUCAGGUGCGGAUGAUUCAGUCAUCUCUGUUUAGAGUUCUAAUAAUCUAUAUACAUGAUUCUGACCAUCUGGAGAAUGUGAAGUGAAAAGGUGAUGUCCAACAAAGAUUACUGUGAAUUAGAAUGAAGAGAAUGAAAAGAACUGAUAAAUGGGAGAGACACUGGAGAUCAUCUGUUCUACUUCCCAUAUUUAUAAUAAGAUGAGGAAACUGAGGCCCGGUCAAGAAACAGGUGACACACCAGCUUGCAUUUCCAGAUUCCUAAUCCAUUUCUCUUAGGGAAGAAUAUAUUCUAGAUUUUAACUUUCAAUGCCAAGUAAACCAAGUGUGAAUGGUUUCAGAGAUGUAAAUUUGGAAAAAAAAAAAUCUCCAUCAAAUCCCCAAAGGCAACUUGGAAGUGUAUAAUACUUUACUGUCUUAAUUCCUCUAUACCAUGUGUCUAGCAACUUAACUAAUAUGUUAAUUGAUUUAUACAAUCCCUUUUGAUUCUAACUAAAAGGAUGAAAAUUAAAUGAGAAAAUUACAGAAUAUUCCAUUCAAUACAUAAGGCCAUGACAAUGUGAACCACUAUUUCUUGUAAGAAAGAAGACAUCCAAUCAAUACCCAAUUCCACGAGAAAACGCCUGUUAUCCAAUAGACUCUCCACUCUUCAAAGAGGAAGAUGAUGCUUAUAUUUCAAAAAAUCUCUACAAAGCUCACAUACAAGACAGUACAUUCUAGAUUUGUGACUGAUAUGAGCAUUUAAGGCUGUAAAUUUCAAGUAUAAAUGUUUAUAGUGUUCCAUUACCCAAUCGGUGCGCUAGACAGAGCUUUAAGCAUAAAUCCUGGAAGUUAACAGAAACCCACCAAAGACAAAGAAAGCAUAGUUUAGGCAACAGCAAAUUUAAAUGUAGGAAAGGCCAGGGGAAAAAUUAUAGAUUAGAUUAUGCUUCUCUAAACUGCAUUAGGUGGUUCGUGCUGAAGCUGUGUCUAACACUACUGUCGGUUGCAUGGCAUUUGGAGUAAGGCAGAUCCAUAGCAGACCAAACAAGGAAGUUGAAUUAGGUAACAAUCAGUUAAUAAGAUGGUUCACCUCUACCACAGUUCUCUGGCCUGUUUCCACAGACAAGAUUAGAAAUGGCUCCAGUACACCAAGCUUUACAGAUGAAAAUGAAGAUUUGUUUCCAACUGUUUUUUUUUCUUUUUCUUUUUUCUUUUUUUUUUUAAGCAGAGCCUUUCACCUAGGGACUAAAACAUAUUGGCUGCAGAUUAAACAAGUCAACAUUAUUUACUACUGGCUUAAUGUUAUAUUGUGAAAUGUAAUACAGCUGGAGAAAGUGAGUAUUUGGAAGCCAGUACUAUUUUGUUUAAUUUACACUCUAGGUGUGUACAUAAAAGCUGUGGUUUAUAACUUUUGCUAUGGUUCCAAUAUCUAUAUCUGAAAGGUGAUAUCAAUUUUAUUGUGGAAGCAGCUGCUCUAUUAUAAAUUCCAUGUAACAUGCUUAGAUUCUAGGUCUUUCCUCUUUAAUACAAUUUACUUCCUUGGGGUUUGGUCAGCAUACAUACUUCUUAUUUCAUUUGAUGUAUACAGCCAAUGUAGGAAUUUUAAAAAAAUUACCACCUAGUUCAGAGAGCUAAAUUGAGUCCAGGAUUAUGGCAAAGUCUGACCCAAAAUUUUAAUUUGUAAUUUCAGCAUGUUUCUCAUGCAGUUUGGGGAGCAUCAAACUAAAUCUACAAUUGUCAGAAGCCUUGUUACAGUUUAAUGCACAUUAACUAAAAUGUGUACAUUUUUAGUGUCAUGAUAAUGCAGUUAUGACCUUAUUACACUUUUGGCAUUCUUUAAGAAAGCACAUUAAGCUUUAAUAUAGAAAUAUUUAGGUUACACUUAACUUGUGCUCAAGUAAUAAUAAAACAUUUGUUCUUUUUUGAUCUCAUACAUUUUUUUCCUCAGGUUUGGCCCAUCUCCUGUACGCUUGGAGCGACCUUUGGCUACGUGGCUGGCCUUGUUAUUUCACCACUCUGGAUAUACUGGAAUAGAAAGCAACUUACAUACAAGAACAAUUAAUUAGAGCAAAGGGAGAAGAUAUUUCUUUGUGCAGAUUCCACAGGGCUGUGCAGAAAUGUGUGUGGUCAAAGCCAAGCAGGUCCAUUUACAGCACUGUUUUUUUUAAUGUAGUUUCAACAUGAUGUGAUUGUAGCUUUUUAAACUAUGAAACCCCUGAGAGAUUGUACCUUCUAGUUGAAAUAAAGUAUUUAUAAUAGA